AUGUACGGCACUCCAUUCGCAGAUGUUGAUUGGCCUUUCUGGAAGAAGAUCUCACCUGGCUUGAUGGUCUGUACCGUGGUCACAUGUGUCAGCAGUGCCAUUAUGUGCCUGUUAGCGAGGGGCCUAUACCGUGAGUUCUCUUGGGCUUUAUACCAGCAUGUCAGCCCUGACAAAAAGAUACAAACAAAAUACGCUGUCUACCAGAUUUACCUCGUGCUUCUCAAGUUUACACCCUACUUCGUUUUCGCGUUCAUAAUCUUCUACGAUUUCAUCGACGUCCAUUUCCAGGAGCCCGAGUUCUCAUUGACGAUCUCAAUCAUCCCGGCUACUCUUGUACAUGUGGCUAUCGCAGUAUAUUUUGUCCGGCAUGAGCGUCGCAUUGGAAUGGCGUUUGUUUUGCUUCUACAUGCCGCAAAUAUCGCAUACCUGAUCAGCAGACUCCUCGUUCUCUACGGGCACUCGUUACUUGCUGAUACUCUAUUGAAGGAUGAGAUGGUUUUCUACCUCUGCGUUGGGGUGGUCUUUUCGACGAGUGCUCUCCUGGCCGGCUGCGUUUGCUUCUACAACUUCAAAAAGGGACUAAGGCCAAUUCUUUUAGGCCAGGUGCAACGCAAACCGCGGGCACAUGAGCUUGAGGACGAUUAUUAUGUACAGCGUUUGAACUACAACGUGGUGCCGUUGGCGGACCGAGACUCACAAAGAUUCGCGUUGGAUUGA